CUCUCUCUCUCUCUCCCCCCAUUUUCGCCGUCCGAAAUGAAAUGAAAAUGGUAAUGAAACCACAACGUCACUAAAACCCCUCCGGGCCCUCCCCUCCCCCCUCUCUCGAUCUCGAUCUCGAUCGAUCGAUCGAUUCAGCGACACUGCAAGUACAAGGCAUGUUCGAGUCGCUCCGCCGAUCGAUCGUGUUCCGCCCGUCGUCGGCCCCCGACGCCGAUGAAGCGCCGGGGCCGGUGGCUUCCACCUCGACGCCGACGACGCCGGUGCCGACGACGACGAGAGCGAUAGUGGAGAAGUUCAACUCGUGCAUCCGCAAGUCGAUCGCCUUCUCCAAGGUGUCGCCGUCCGCCCCCAAGGACAACGCGCCCGCGAUCCGGUGGAGGAAAGGCGAGUUGAUCGGCUGCGGGGCUUUCGGUAGGGUUUACAUGGGCAUGAACCUCGAUUCCGGCGAGCUUCUGGCCGUCAAGCAGGUUUUGAUUGCAGCAAACAGUGCAUCAAAAGAGAAAGCACAGGCUCAUAUUAGGGGCCUUGAGGAGGAAGUGAAGUUGCUGAAGAAUCUCUCGCAUCCAAAUAUAGUUAGAUAUUUAGGAACAGUAAGGGAGGAAGACUCUUUAAACAUUUUGUUGGAGUUUGUACCUGGUGGAUCUAUAUCAUCAUUGUUGGGGAAAUUUGGACCAUUUCCUGAAACGGUUAUAAGAACUUACACCAAGCAACUUUUAUUGGGCCUUGAGUAUCUACACAAGAAUGGAAUUAUGCACAGGGACAUCAAGGGAGCUAAUAUUUUAGUCGAUAAUAAAGGAUGCAUCAAACUUGCAGAUUUUGGUGCCUCAAAACAAGUAGUUGAGCUGGCUACCAUUUCAGGUGCCAAAUCAAUGAAGGGCACUCCGUAUUGGAUGGCUCCAGAAGUCAUUCUCCAGACAGGCCAUAGCUUCUCUGCUGAUGUAUGGAGUGUUGGAUGCACUGUUAUUGAGAUGGCAACCGGAAAGCCUCCAUGGAGCGAUCAAUACCAAGAGGUUGCCGCUCUCUUCUACAUAGGAACAACAAAAUCUCAUCCUCCAAUACCAGAUCAUCUCUCAGAGGAGGCAAAAGAUUUUCUGCUACAGUGUUUGCAGAAGGAACCCCAUGCAAGGCGAACAGCAUCUCAGCUGCUGCAGCAUCACUUUGUCACGGGAGAACACGAGGAUUCUCAUUCGGGUUUUUCUACCCUUGCCAUGGAGAAGUCUGACAUUCCUUCAGCAUCUUCUAUGGCAAACGGGAAAACCAUUCAAAUGUCAAUGAACUUGGGAGCAGAUAUUGCUAACAUGGAUUCUAUGAGCUGCUCAACAUUCCGUCAACAAAGGUUGACAGCAAAUGGUGAUUGCUGGGGGGCACAUGGAAGCGACGAUGAUAUGUGUCUGAUUGAUGAUGAGAUUGACUCCAUAGGCAAAUCUCCUGCUGAUAUUCACAAGAGCUUGAACCCCAUAAGUGAACCUUCUAUCGAUUGGACGGGCAAAUUUGAUGUUACUCCAGUACCUCAGCCGCCAGGAAUGGGCAUCAACCCUGAUCGAACAGUUAUUAGUCCCACUGGUCCAUCUGGAUCUUUGAGUGAGGGGGGAAAAGACUUUUCAUUUCCAUCUGGACCAUCAAUACUUGAGGAGGACGAUGAACUCACAGAGUCCAAAAUCACAGCUUUUCUACACGAAAAGGCCAUGGAACUGAAGAAACUGCAAACUCCACUUUAUGAAGAGUUCUUCAACAGUUUAAAUACACCUUGCUCUCCUGCUUUUGGUGAGAGCAAAUGUGAUGAAAAUGCACCAAGUUACUUGAGAUUACCUCCUAAAAGCAGGUCACCUAGCCGGGCUGCGGCUGGAACUUCAACAACAGCCACAGAUGGAGUUGGCUCUGGAAGCCCUGGGAGUAAUAAUAGCAGACGUAUAUCCAAUGUUGGCAAUGCCAGCAAUCAAUCUUCACCGGAUGUAGGAUUGCCUCAGUCCAAUGAUUUGAAAGGUCUUGCAAAUGGUGGUCUACAGGACUCAAGUAGCCCAAGCUUCUCUGAGAGACAAAAGAUAUGGAAAGAAGAACUUGACCAAGAGCUUAAGACAAAACGAGAGAUGAUGCGUCAAGCAGGUGUGGGAGCAACUAAUACACCAUCCCCAAGAGAUCGAACUAUUACUCGACAAAGGGAGCGAACAAGGUUUGCAUCACCUGGCAAAUAAGUAGCCUCUACACAUGUUUUGCGUGUGUCAAUGGUUUUGAUUUUCUGCUCCUGCCCUAGAUAGUAGAGGAUUGAGUUCCGGUAUAAGGUUCUUAUCGAUAUUGCAUAGCAAACAGUUUCGGAGAGCACCAAGAAUUCAUGUUGUGGUCACGACUCAGGUAAUGCUCUAAAGUGGAGGGGUAGCGGCUGUAUAAGCUCGCAAAUUAUGUAUUUUAGAGAGACGAUCAGAAAUCUGUCGCUGAAUGUUUCUUUCAGAGACAGGAUGUGAUUGGAGUCUUGGAUAUACAUACCAUUUUAGACAUGAUGUUUGGAAAAGAAA